AAAAUAUUGUAAAAUUAUUAAAGCAUUAGGUCAUUGCUACAAAAUAUGCAAGCAUACGGAAGUAACAGGAAAUUUAUCCCUCUGCUGAUGGAUGAUGGAGAGGAGUUCAUUAUGGAGUUCAAAGGAGAGACUAUUGUGGAGCAUCCUGAGGAUGGCAGCCUUAUCAGGUCAAAAGCCACCCUCAAUUUCUGCUCUAAGAGCAUAAUUAUUGAGUUUGAAGACUCAGAUGCACCAGAGUGUUUAUAUAAAUAUCAUUUUAGACACUUUACUAAAGCUCCAGUCUUGGUUAAAUAAGGAAUCUGUAAGGAUUAAGGUAGAGAAAUGCAUAGAAGUACCCCUCGCAGCAAUUCCAAGAGGAUAUGUAUCCCACAAGGCUAGCAAAGAUGGAGAAUUAGGAGUUGAAUUCCUUUGAUAUUAUGACAAAAUCAGCACUCUUUUAGAAGCCCUUAAUCGUGUCUAUGAAGUAACAUUGAACCCAGGAAGUGAGGAAUACACUAAGUAUGAACUUGAUGUUUUUAACUUCUUCAAUGAUAUCAGAGGAGAUUUUGUUUUUGAUAAAACAAGAAUUAAAAAUCUUUCAGAAAAAGCUCUAUUAGACUCUGAAUUGCGUGUCAAGCAGAUAUUGCCAUUGGUAUCGAAUGUGGGACUCCUCUACAUCACUAAUCGGAGGGUAUAUUUCCAGCCAUACCAAACAAUUGCUUCCAAUCCAGUCAAUAGCUACAAUAUCAUUGAUAUUAGGAAGAUUUUUAAAAGAAGAUAUAUGCUCAUGAGAAAAGGCCUUGAAUUUUGGACAGAAGAAGAGACUGUCUACCUCGCAUUUGAAUCUUCAGCAGAAAGAGACCUCGUAUAUGAUAAACUCAUGGAGUAUGUAGAAGAUGCUGAAACUGAAGAAUCUCUCAUGCAUUACACUGAACAGUGGGUACUUGGAGAAAUGAGUAACUACGAUUAUCUACUAAAGUUGAACUAUCAUUCUUACAGAAGUCGGUCAGACUUAACACAGUAUCCAGUAUUCCCAUGGGUAAUCCAGGACUAUGACUCUGUGGCUCUUGAUCUUAAUAACCCAGAGACAUUUAGGGACCUAUCCAAGCCAAUGGGUGCUUUGAACCCAGAAAGAUUAGAAGAAUACAAGAGAAGGUACAAUGAUAUCCCUGAAGGAGAAAAAUAUCUCUAUGGAACCCACUAUUCAGCACCAGGGUAUGUCAUUGGGUACCUCUUCAGGCUUUAUCCAAGAUGGAUGAUCAAAUUCCAGGGAGGCCACUUCGAUAACCCUAACCGACUUUUUAAAGGAAUUGGGCUGGAAUACGAGAGCUGACUGACAAAUCCAGGAAACGUAAAAGAGCUAAUCCCAGAAUUUUAUGAACCUGAAAGAGAAGAAUUUUUGGUCAAUUCUAAAGGACUAGACCUUGGUAUCAGAGCAAAUGGGGAAAGGGUUGACGAUGUUAUCCUUCCAAGAUGGGCAGAUUCUCCAAAAGAUUUUCUUGAGAAGCAGAGACGAGCCCUUGAAUCUGACUAUGUCUCAGAGAAGCUACAUCUCUGGAUAGACCUCAUAUUUGGUAAAAAGCAAAGAUCUUUGGAUGACAAUAACAUUUUCCAUCCGUUAACAUACGAAGGUGCUGUAGAUCUAGAAUUAAUCUCUGAUCCGUUUGAAAGAUUUGCUACAGAGCAGCAGAUUAACGAAUUUGGGCAAACUCCAAGGCAACUUUUCAGAUACGACCACCCUCAAAAAUACUCCUCAAAGCAAAUAGUAAAAUCGCUUUUUAUAUCAGCAGAUGAGGUCAUGGGUAAGGCCAAACUACCAAGCAUGAUAAACCUCAAAAAUGAAGAGACCAAAGAGAUGAAGAAAAAUUUUUCUCCAAGCAAAGAAGUUGGAAUUACAGAUAUAGAUUUCUCCUCACGUCGGAAACUUAGAGAGGAGGGAAGCGUUGAAGAGUCCAAAGACUCCUUUUAUACUCCUAAAGAGGAGAAGAAGGAACUUUUCCAUACUGAAAAUGACCAUGAUUAUGAUCCUGACCCAACCAACUCCUUCCUUAAGUAUAUUAAAUACAAGAGUCAAGAAAGUCUUGGGAAGGUCCAUAAUGACUCAAUUAUCGAAGUCAAUGCCUAUACUGAUAAAUCGGGACUCACUUCAUUAAUGAUAGUCUCAAGAGAUGGCUUGAUUAAGUUGUUUCAAGAAGAGAAAACCAAAGGAGAACUAGUAGGCCAAUAUACUCAGAAAAGAUCCUUCUUAGUCAGUGAAAGAGAGAUCGUCUGAUCCUGCAUUCUUAAUAAGCAAGAAAGUGUUGUGGUUGGGGCUGGAGAUAACAACAUCAUCCUCUUUAACUUCUCCACAGGGAUAGAAAUAGGAAACUUUUAUGCCCACGAUAAUGAGAUUACCAACAUUUCUGUCAUUGGCUCUUACCUGCUGUCCUUCUCUGCUGAUACCACAUUAAAAAUUUGGAAUAUGAUGAACUCCGAUUUUGCCCACCCACAAGUAUUUUAUGAUCAUGAAGGAUCUAUCAUUAGUGCAGAUGUCUGAAAGAACUCUAUCAUCUCCAUUGACGAGAAUGGGAUAAUCCUGAUCAGAGACAUCACUAAUCCUGCAAACAUUGAGGAAAGGAUAGAAGUAAAGACUCCUAGUGGGGAAGAAAUAGAGCAUGCUAUCAUAAAAUUCAACAAGGCUGAUCCCUUCACAUUCCUGCUAGUCUAUGACGACGCUUUCUUUAUCUACGAAAAAUCAGGCACAAUUAUUAAUGAGAUCUCUAUUGACAAAGAUUUAGGCAUAGAGCUUAUCUUCCAGCACAAGGACUGAAUACUCAUUGCUCUAGAAGACGGAUGAAUGCUGUGUUAUGACUGGCAUAACGAGAAGCAUCACUAUAAGAUCACAGAGACUCAGGAUAAGUACAUCACAUCAGUGAAUGUCUCAAAAGAUACCUUGUUCGUAGGAACUGAAGAAGGAGAAAUCGUUGUGUUUAAAACUUAAUAUUCGCUCCUAGAGUUACAUAAAA